UGUGAGUGUGACCUGGCUGGCCAUCUAUCACAUGUGCAAUGUGUCAGUGCAAUGGGCCUGCUGAUCUGUGUCAGUUUUGGAGGUGGUGUGUUGUAUGUAGUGUGUGUGUGUUGCCUACUGUCACAGCAUUUUAUCUCCCCCCAUUACAUGGGGAAUUCCAGCCUGGGAUUUGUCAGAGUGUGGAUCCAUCAUCCUCCACUCACUGCAACCGUCACCCUGCCAUUGCCAGCCACAGAUACAGUCUGUCCAUGACACUGAUUUUGUCUUUAAUAUUGGUGGUGCUUAUGGUACUU